AUGAUCAUCAAGACUGUGUGUCUGCUCUUCCUGUUGGCUGGUCAAGUCUAUGGCCAGUCAUUCAGUUUUGGAGUCCCCAUAUACAACCUGAAUAACAUAUUCUCCGCUCUUACUGGGACGGGAGGCAGCUCUAAUUCUGGCACAAGUUCAGGUUCAUCUGGCAGCAGCAGCAGCAGCAGCGACGACGCUCAGGCCGAAUACGAUGCAUACCUGAGUGAAUACUACAGCAAUUACUGGCAGAACUUCUACCAGAACCAGGCGUUCAAUCAACUCUACGGUCCCUAUGGACCAUAUGGUCCCUAUGGAGGAAGACCAACAGGACCACCAACAUCAGCACCAAUCACAACGUCCACCGCAGUUAUACCCACUUCGACACCGAUCACAACUUCCACCGCUGUUAUACCCACUUCGACACCGAUCACAACUUCAACCGCAGUUAUACCCACUUCGACACCGAUCACAACUUCCACCGCAGUUGCAUCCACUGUGGACCCGGCUACAACUCAGCGUACAACUCCCACUCCAGUUCCCACUGUCGACCCGGGCACAACUUCGACGGCUCUUCCAUCUGUAGACACGGACAUGACAUCGGACGCAGUUGGACCGAAAAGGUUCCGCACCACUCCCCUACCUUUCCACUACGUGCCAGGCACUCUCCUGAGUCCCUACGAUCUAUACCGCAUUAACGCCUACCAAAACAAUGUGCACGGUGCAGCCUCAGCCUCAGCAGCAUCGACAGCACACGAAUCGGCAGUCUAUAUCCCAUACGACUCCGUUCUGCACCGCCGAUCGCGGCCAAGUCCUUACUUUGAGCUGGAGGGGUCAAGCAAUGAGAACAACCAGGCGAACGAAUACAACCAAUAUCUGAGCGACUAUUAUAGCAACUACUGGGAGAACUUUUACCAGAAUCAAGCGCAGUAUGGGCCAUACGGAGACUUUGGACAAUUCUUUCCUGAUUACGCAACCACCACCGAAGCUCCUGCUACGAUUUCAACCACCGCAACACCACAAUCAACCACAACGGAGUCGCUUUGUGCAGUAUUUCCUCAUCUCCCAGUGUGCCAAAUAUCGACCACAACUGAAGUUUCGACAACAUCCACAGCAAUUCCGCCAAUAGAUUCGACCACAUCUGGAAGCUCAACAACCUCCACAGCAAUUCCGCCAAUAGAUUCGACCACAUCUGGAAGCUCAACAACUUCCACAGCAAUUCCGCCAAUAGAUUCGACCACAUCUGGAAGCUCAACAACUUCCACAGCAAUUCCGCCAAUAGAUUCGACCACAUCUGGAAGCUCAACAACCUCCACAGCAAUUCCGCCAAUAGAUUCGAGCACAUCUGGAAGCUCAACAACAUCCACAGCAAUUCCGCCAAUAGAUUCGACCACAUCUGGAAGCUCAACAACAUCCACAGCAGUUCCGCCAAUAGAUUCGACCACAUCUGGAAGCUCAACAACAUCCACAGCAAUUCCGCCAAUCGAUUCGGCACAUCUGGAAGCUCAACAACAUCCACAGCAAUUCCGCCAAUAAUUCGACCACAUCUGGAAGCCAACAACUCCACACAUCCCCAAUAGUUCGACCACAUCUGGAAGCUCAACAACUCCACACUCAACAACAUCCACAGCAAUUCCGCCAAUAGAUUCGACCACAUCUGAAAGCUCGACAACCUCCACCGCAAUUCCCAUAGAUUCGAGCACAUCUGGAAGCUCAACAACAUCCACAGCAAUUCCGCCAAUAGAUUCGACCACAUCUGGAAGCUCAACAACAUCCACAGCAGUUCCACCAAUAGAUUCGACCACAUCUGGAAGCUCAACAACCUCCACAGCAAUUCCGCCAAUCGAUUCGAGCACAUCUGGAAGCUCAACAACAUCCACAGCAAUUCCGCCAAUAGAUUCGACCACAUCUGGAAGCUCAACAACAUCCACAGCAGUUCCGCCAAUAGAUUCGACCACAUCUGGAAGCUCAACAACCUCCACAGCAAUUCCGCCAAUAGAUUCGACCACAUCUGGAAGCUCAACAACAUCCACAGCAAUUCCGCCAAUAGAUUCGACCACAUCUGGAAGCUCAACAACAUCCACAGCAAUUCCGCCAAUAGAUUCGACCACAUCUGGAAGCUCAACAACAUCCACAGCAAUUCCGCCAAUAGAUUCGACCACAUCUGGAAGCUCAACAACAUCCACAGCAGUUCCGCCAAUAGAUUCGACCACAUCUGAAAGCUCAACAACCUCCACAGCAAUUCCGCCAAUAGAUUCGAGCACAUCUGGAAGCUCAACAACAUCCACAGCAAUUCCGCCAAUAGAUUCGACCACAUCUGGAAGCUCAACAACAUCCACAGCAGUUCCACCAAUAGAUUCGACCACAUCUGAAAGCUCAACAACAUCCACAGCGAUUCCGCCAAUAGAUUCGACCACAUCUGGAAGCUCAACAACAUCUACAGCGUUGCCUAGUUCUAGUAGCACCGCAGAAGAUGAAGAAACAACAACUGAAUCUUCCCUUUGCGCAACAAGAACGACAACAACUAUAAAAACAUCAACCUCAACAUCAACCUCAACAUCAACCUCAACAUCAACAUCCACAUCAACCUCCACCUCGACAUCAACAUCAACGACUGUAGCCCCCUCGACUUCAACGACAAGUAAACCUUCAACAACGACCGAGGCAUCCACCAGUACCAGUACAACAAUUGCUCCUACAACAAGCUCCACAAGUUCGAUCCCAAUAAUAACAGGAUCUACAACAACAGGAUCCUCCACAGAAACUUCGACAACGGGAAGUGUAUUAUCAGCCCGACGUAGAAAACCAACUGUAUCGCCGGAAUCAUCGACUACUCAUCCAAUCUGCUCCUUUUUCCCACAUCUGUCAACCUGCAGUGCAUCUUCGUCCUCCCAGAGCACUGCACUCCGAGCCCCGACAGUGCUCAGUGUGGAUGGACAGGCGGCAUCGGAUGUCGAUCUACAACCUGAACAGAAGUUAACAGUGCAGUCCCCACCCCAGUCCAUGACCUCACUGUGUUACAACUAUCCACGCCUCUGUGCCCAGCCAGAGGAGGCGCAGUAUGUCCGUCUAACCGAUGGCCAUGGGAUGCCGAUGCUUCUUAUAUUCCCAGAAAUUCAAUCUGGGAGUCUGGAAGACAGUGAUAAUAGGAUGCCAACAGUUCUGAGUGAGAGCCAGGAAUUUGGGUCUGCUCAUCAGCUGCAGCUGCAGGAGCUCCAGAAGCUAACGAUCACAUCAGAGGCCCAUUUAGUGUCGUCGCUUUGCUUUUACUAUGCCCGGCUGUGCAGGAAUCCGGAGAAGGCGCAGUUCGUGCGUCUCACCGAUAGACAUGGCAAGCCCAUGCUGCUGAUAUACCCGGCCACGGGAGAAGAGUAUCCGCUUGAUUUACGUAAAACCUUCAGAUGGUCCCACUCCAUCUCCAUGGCAGCGACUCUCGCACCCCGACCCAGCCAGUCGCAGUCGAGCUCCAUGAGCUACUGGUAG